AGCAGCGGCGAAAGGUAUGCGCGACAUUACAUUAUUGAAUUUGAAAAUGGGCUACUGAGUUUUUUCUAAAACUCGAGCCGCCUAACUCUUGCGAGUCAGUCGUAUCGCGAGCGGAAUCAGCUUACUCUGAACUCUCAAACUGCAAACAUGUAACCAAUAUGUAACCACGUGGAGCCGUCCCCACGCAACAAAUUCUCGGCACACCGAAGCUGUUUUGUUUUCUACGCAGUUCACUGUCAAGGUCCCGGAGCGACCCAGGCAUUGCGGACGAGGCACUUCUGUUACCCGAAGAAGCCAUGGCGAGAAAGGCAGUGUCUACUUUAAGUGUUAUUUUAUAGGAAUAGCUGUGGUGAAGCUCUGGCACAGUAAAUGCGACUUAUCAGAAUAACACAACUAACGACUGCCCCCGUAAGCUGGAAAGGUUGAGCUGCAGUCUUAGGACUACUAAGUGCAUUUUACAAUAUCGGGUUACGUCCGUAUUGUACUUGCGGCUAGGGCGCAUCGCGUUUCUAUUGCAUGAAUCGAUCACACAAUAUUUUUAGAAAAUUGCACAUACCUAACUCGAACACUUAUUUUUUUCAAACAGUCGACUAGGGUCUCCUGUGAACUAUGGGUAGUUCAACUGCUGCUGAUGAAUAAUUAAUAAGAUAAAUAACACCGGCGUACAAAAUAAAAAAAGUUGUCUGCGCGAGAAAUCAGACCUAUCUAUCUUUAUGUUUUACGGGUCGCUGAAUUCGAAUAUAAGGUCAGUUAGGCCCCAUCACGUCAGGGUCAAGGUCAGUUCGAGGUCAAAUUGGGAAGUAACGGUUAAAAAAAUUAAAAUGCCAUAUAUUUAUGUUUAUUUGGUUGCUGAAUCCAAAUCCGAAAUCAGCUUGGCCCCAUCUCGUCAGGUUCAAGGUCAGUUCAAGGUCAAACUGAGAAGAAAUGGAAAGUUACACUUACAAUUAGACAAUACCAUGAACAAAAUGUAAGAGGCAUGGCAAGUUACGUUAGAAUCACUAUAAAUAUCGCACACAGGACACAGUAUCAAACAUGGCAUCACACACAGUAUCGCGCACAGUAUCUUACACAGUGGGUGUAUUCCGAAAUGGCAACAGUAAGUAUAUUUGGCAACAGCGCAAUUUCAGCAGUCGACAUUUGACGUCCUGUAACGGUCAAUGACGGCUGCUGACUACUGGAGCUGUGUUCCGAAUCUGAAGACAGUAAUCAGCUGAUUGAAUUGCUAAUGAUUAAGGAAAAGAAAAUCAUUGCAAGCUCUUUCUUUAAGAGCUAAACAAGUUUUAAAUUAUUUUCUUGUUGUACAAAUGUAUGUUACACAAUGGAUACAGUAAAAAGGCAGCAAGUAGUUUUAGUUGACCCAGUUACCAAAGAAACCUUUAAAGUACUUGUGAAUGUUCAAGAUGUUGAAAGGGUUAAAACCGAUCCAAACUAUAAGCAGAAGAUGUUAAAUAGCAUAAAGAAGGCCAAAAAUGUAAACAGUUGCUUGGAGCCGGAUAAAACUGAUGAUUUAGUUAAGUUGAUAUUAACGGAUGGAUUCCAUCAGGUACACACCUUAAAGGUGCCUAUCGAAGUGCGCAAACAGGCUUUAAGUGAUAUACGAUACGCAACAAAGUUAUUGAACGGGCACUUAUCAGCUUUGAAGAGUAAUUCUGAAGUCAAUCAACAAAUUUUAUGCAAUGGUCUUACCAGCGAAUUUGAAACAAGUUCUGCUGCUCUCCAAGAAGGAACAUUCGCUGCUGAAAAGAAGAUGUAUGAAUUAACACUUAAGGAUCAAUUAAAAAUGGAGACUUUUACUUUCAUUGUCGACAAAGAAAGUUUCAACCGUGCAAAGACAGAUAUGGUGUUUGCGACAAAACUCUUAGAUGAUUACAAGGCAUCUAUAAAUAAACAGAAGUUGAAUAGUUUAUCAACGGAUAUGAAUAAAUGUGGUGAUGAUACUGCUGGAACAGAAAAUAGCAGUGAUCAAUUACAAAACCUCAUUGACACAUAUGAGAACGAUGACUUUGAUGAGGAUAUUACCAAAAAAAAUACUGGUCGUUAUGUAUGGAGUAAUCAAGAGACACUGUUACUGAUCCAUUUGUACAGACAAUACGAUCCAGCUUACAGUGAAGGGAAAAUAACCAACAAGAAAUUUUGGAAAAAGAUUAGUGAUGUUAUGACUUCUAAAGGCUACGACAUAAGUACUACUCAGUGUACGUCUAAAAUGGAUUCACUCAAAAGGGCUUAUAAAAGUGUAAAGGAUCAUAAUGCUCAAAGCGGGAAUGAUAAAAAAACAUGCAAUUAUUAUGAGGAGCUUGAUGAGUUAUUCCAAAAGAAACCAUGGAUCAAACCAGAAGACGUAGCUGGAUGCAAUAUGCCAUUAGGCAACUUAGAUACAAAUAAAGGAUCUGCGAAUCCUUUGAAGCAUACAAGAUCAAUACUAGAAGCAAAGAAAGUAAGCUAUUUAGAAGAAUCUUUAGAAAUCAAACGCUUAAAAAGAACAGAUACAGAAAAUUAUAUAGAAAGAAAAUUAUCUGUCAUGGAAGAUUUAGUACGAGCUUUUAAAAAAUAAGAUAUACACUAGACCCAAAUGUUAUUUCAGUAUUGUCUAAGAAAUGGUUAGCUUUUGCGUACUGAAAGCGAUGAUUUGUUCUUAACGGGCUUCAGUACUGUAGUAAAUGCAAUGCUAUUAAAAAUCAAAGAUUACUAAGUUAUAAUAUCAAUAAAUAAUAACUUAAUUAUUGCCGUAUAGAAAAUUUCAUCAAGAAAAAGUUAUUUGUUUCAUUAUAAUAUUGAUACGUAGUUCAAUAUUUUUGUUUGAUUAUUAAUAAAAGAUUAAAGUAGGAGAGAGUAGACCAUAUUAUAGUGCAGAAACAAAACUAUAUAUGUGAUAUACGUCCAUUAUAAGAAAUAUUGACUAUUAUUUUAAUAUUCAUAGCUUUAAGCUUCAUAGUUCACUACUUAGUUGAGUACUUAAGUUUGUCAAAUAUGAUAAAAUAUAAUACGUUGGAAUUUUCAAGGAUUUAUCUAGAAUAAUUUAUGCUGUUCAAAUGUUUAAGAUGUUCAAAGAUUAUUUACUUUUGUAUUUCUGAUAAAAUAAAGCUGUUUUUUAAAAAA